UUGACAACACACGCCGUCUUUUCUCCCAGAAAACAAACAUGUAAUUUAUAUGCACAUAGCCAGCGUUGUGACGGUUAGGGAGCGCGCCAGUGUGUCCGCGGUGUGACGUUAGACUGUGACGUCAGAGGAAGGGACGACGUGUUGUUGUGCGUGUUCCUUGUGCCGUCGUCGUUGUGCUAUUUUGCUUCGUCCGUAUGGACAUGUAGCUAAUGUGGAGUUGUCUCUAAAAUAUCGAAACUCAACUUUGUCCACGUUUAUUCGUGUUUUUCUCGCUCCAAACGGGAACCGAGGUCGCAGGCCUUACUUACUGUGUGUUUCGUUUAUUUUUUCACUUUGAAACAUUAGCAGGUUUUUUUGGGUGUGUGUGGUCAUUAGUUAGCUGACAAGUCAGUGACGAUAAGAGGGAACACAAGAUGAGUUUCUUUAGUUUUGGACAAAGUGCAGACGUUGAUGUCGUCCUGAAUGACGCUGAAACGAGGAAGAAGGCUGAACACAAGACUGAAGAUGGAAAGAAAGAUAAAUACUUUCUGUUCUAUGAUGGCGAGACUGUCAGUGGAAAGGUGAACGUCACACUGAAGAACCCUGGCAAGAGGCUGGAGCACCAGGGGAUCAAAAUUGAAUUUGUUGGCCAAAUAGAGCUGUAUUACGACAGAGGAAACCAUCAUGAGUUUGUUUCCCUGGUGAAAGAUCUCGCGAGGCCGGGUGAAAUAACUCAGUCGCAGACCUUCGACUUUGACUUCACUCAUGUUGAAAAGCCCUACGAGUCGUACACGGGCCAGAACGUCAAGCUCAGAUAUUUUCUCCGUGCCACGGUGAUCAGACGACUCAACGACAUCAGUAAAGAGGUGGACAUCGUGGUCCACACAUUGAGCACGUACCCUGAACUCAACUCCUCCAUAAAAAUGGAAGUUGGAAUCGAGGAUUGUCUCCACAUUGAGUUUGAGUAUAACAAAUCCAAGUACCAUCUGAAAGAUGUCAUUGUGGGGAAAAUCUAUUUCCUGCUGGUGAGGAUUAAAAUUAAGCACAUGGAGAUUGACAUCAUCAAACGCGAGACGACGGGCACCGGCCCAAGUGUGUACCACGAAAACGACACGAUCGCCAAGUACGAGAUCAUGGACGGGGCUCCGGCCCGAGGAGAGUCCAUCCCCAUCCGGUUAUUUCUGGCUGGUUACGAUCUGACUCCCACCAUGCGAGACAUCAACAAGAAGUUCUCCGUGCGCUACUACCUGAACCUGGUUCUGAUCGACGAGGAGGAGAGACGCUACUUCAAACAGCAGGAGAUCACGCUGUGGAGGAAAGGGGACGUGUUGAGGAAGAGCAUGUCUCACCAGGCGGCCAUCGCCUCCCGGAGGUUCGAGGGCUCGGCUGCAUCGCAGAGCGCGUUGGAACAGGCGGCGAGGGAGGAGAGCGGAUAGAGGUCCGCCUCCCGCGAGGUGCCCGAGGACUGCGGCGUCUGGCGACGCAGCUGUUUCUAUUUGAAGAACAGCGACCGACAGACAGUCAUCCGGUGUGUGAACAAUGCAAACGCUUUGUGGCUUCAGGCUGCCGGUCUUGUACUUCCUCAUGGAUGACAUUUUCUUUUCUGUAUGGGAAUCAAACUCAUUAUUCGCAAUGUCCACUGCGUUAAAACCACCCAUGUGUGAUAUUCAUUAAUUAUGAAGCCUUCUGUUGGUUACUUUAAUUCUUUUUUUUAUUUUUUAUUUGGGAUAAAUUCAUUUCUGAUCUCCAAAUUAAAGCAAUGGAUUAUGUCAUGGAUUUUCAUAAAUGUACAUUCCACCUGUAAUGAAUACAUUCCUAACAUUGUUUUAAGGUCAACACAUCUGAGAUAACUUUGCACUGCUUUAUCUUGCUGAACACAUUUUCUCUGUUUGUGUGUGUGUGUGUGUGCGCGCAAAAAAUAUGAUUAAAGCGGAAACGUCCCAUAUUGAGCAGCUUAGGUAUUAUCGCACACUAUUUUUGGGGUUUUGAUCUGUAAAUAAGACCAGCUAAAGUUGCUAAACCGUUCCUCCUGUUGUACAUCGGCUCUACGGUACACGGAGCCACAGGAUGACCUCUCCUGUUCAUAUGCUUGGCCUUGGCCGUCCAGUGGUGUUAGGAAAGGGUGUUCGUAUUCGGCUCUGAUCGUAUGAAGUCCACUGUAUCCUCUUUAUUAGAGACUUUAAAAUUGUGCCUAACUGCCUAACAAAUAAAAUCCUGCCUCUUUCACAUGAUUUUAGUCUUUUAACCAGAGAAAGAGUUAACAGUAGAAAUAUCUUUUGCAAAUUGUGAAUUAAUAAUUCCUUGCCCCUGAGAGUCAAAUAAAUUGGUGCCAAAUGAAAGAAGAAAAAAGAA